UAUCACAAUCUCAUGAUUCACUUUACUUUUUAUACUCCCAGAAAGGUCCUACUUCUUCAUUGAUUACCCACCUCCUCCUUCUCUCUCUCUUCUUCGCUAUUCUUCACUUUCUCUCUCCUCUAGAUCGCCGAUUUUCAGAAUUUCAAGAUGCCGUCGCGAAGGAGAACUCUGUUGAAGGUCAUCAUUCUCGGUGAUAGCGGAGUGGGGAAGACCUCUUUGAUGAAUCAAUAUGUAAAUAAGAAAUUCAGCAACCAAUACAAGGCCACUAUCGGUGCAGAUUUUUUGACCAAGGAAGUUCAGUUUGAUGACCGGCUUUUCACUUUACAGAUAUGGGAUACAGCUGGACAGGAAAGAUUCCAGAGUCUAGGCGUUGCUUUCUAUCGUGGUGCAGAUUGUUGUGUUCUUGUGUAUGAUGUCAAUUCUAUGAAGUCAUUUGACAAUUUAAAUAACUGGAGGGAAGAGUUCCUCAUACAGGCUAGCCCCUCAGAUCCAGAAAACUUCCCUUUUGUUGUCAUAGGAAACAAAAUUGAUGUUGAUGGUGGAAACAGUAGAGUGGUUCCUGAGAAAAAGGCUCGGGCUUGGUGUGCAUCAAAGGGGAAUAUUCCUUACUUUGAGACCUCAGCAAAGGAGGGCUUAAAUGUUGAAGAAGCUUUCCAAUGCAUAGCAAAAAAUGCUUUGAAGAGCGGUGAAGAAGAAGAGAUAUAUUUGCCGGAUACAAUUGAUGUUGCUAAUAGCAACCAGCAGAGGUCAACUGGAUGCGAGUGUUAAAGACCUGUACUACAACCUCUCUCUCUCUCUCUCUCUCUCUCUCUCUCUCUCUCAUUUUAAUUAUUUAGUAGCUGUGCAAUAAGAUUAUUUGGAAUCAAAUGUAGUGUUUGUGAGUUGGUUUGGAUUUUCUUAUUUCACACUGAGUGAAAACAGUUAUGUAUAUUACAAUUAUUUAUUUGUUGGAUAUUACAAUUAUUUCAUUGCUGGUUACUAAAAA